AAAGUAAUUUAACUUUUGAGUUUUAUGUUGAAAAGAAAGUAGGAGAGAAAGAGCUAUCUACUUUUUGGGUAGAGACCAGAUAUAAUGCUGAUAACAAGUAUCUCUCUAAUAAGACAAGCAUGAUUAACCAAAAUGCUUGCUUAACUACUGCUGUUCUACACAGGCAAGCAUCUCUGGAUAUAUUAACUGUUAAUCUUGGGGUGCUACCCCAAGGACUCCAAGAAGAGGCUGCACCAUCUUAUUUAGCAUGA